AUGCUGCCGCCGAAAAAUACUUGCAAAGUCUGUUCACAUCUAUCUAUCUAUCUAUCUAUCUAUCUAGCUCUCACUGCUCCUUAUCUAUCUAUAUAUCUAGGUCUGUUCACUUCUAUGUAUCAAUCAUUCUAUCUAUCUAUCUAUCUAUCUAUCUAUCUAUCUAUCUAUCUAUAUCUGAUCAUAUCUCUCUCCCUGUAUCUAUCUUUUAGUGCUCAUCUAUCUCGUGCUGUUCAUAUCUAUCUAUCUAUCUAUCUAUCUAUCUAUCUAUCUAUCUAUCUAUCUAUCUUCACAUCUCUCUCCCUUUAUCUAUCUAGCUCUCACUGCUCCUUAUCUAUCUAUAUAUCUAGGUCUGUUCACUUCUAUGUAUCAAUCAUUCUAUCUAUCUAUCUAUCUAUCUAUCUAUCUAUCUAUCUAUCUAUCUAUCUAUCUAUCUAUCUCUGUUCAUAUCUCUCUCCCUGUAUUUAUCUUUUAGUGCUCAUCUAUCUCGUGCUGUUCAUAUCUAUCUAUCUAUCUAUCUAUCUAUCUAUCUAUCUAUGUUCACAUCUCUCUCCCUGUAUCUAUCUUUUAGUGCUCAUUCUCUAUCUAUCUCGGGCUGUUCAUAUCUAUCUAUCUAUCUAUCUAUCUAUCUAUCUAUCUAUCUAUCUCUGUUCACAUCUCUCUCCCUCUAUCUAUCUAGCUUUCGCUGCUCCUUAUCUAUCUAUAUAUCUAUCUAGGUCUGUUCACUUCUAUCUAUCUAUCUAUCUAUCUAUCUAUCUAUCUAUCUAUCUAUCUCAAUCUCUUCAUAAUUCAUACGUUUAUACAGCCUUACAUAAAUACACUGGAAUCACAUUAAUAUACAUGUGUACCAUCUAUCUAUCUAUCUAUCUAUCUAUCUAUCUAGCUAGCUAG